AUGCAGGCCCCAUCCAAGAUACCAUUUGAUGGUUUUCCAUUAAUUGAAUAUUUUCCAAAACCUUUUACGUCACUGGCAAGAAAUAAAAAAGGACUUAUUGCCGCUUCUCGAAUCGAUGGUUCUAUAGACAUAUAUGAUGCCAAUGAAGGUUUCUUCGUUAUUCACCACAUUCCAUCCUGGAUUUUAACAUCAAUUGAGGCAGUUUGUUGGAUUGACGAUCGAUUGUUUGCAACCGGUGGGGAAGGCCGUGUUUACGAACUUCAAUUAUAUUCUCCUCGCCCGAAAGCGAGUGUUUUGUUGCCUGGUGGCGUGCCUGCACGCUGCUUAGUACCCGGUGAGGGUAUUUUGGUUUCUGGAAAUGAUGGAGGCUACAUUAAUGUUAUUGACGUUUCUGAUGAUCAAUUAGACCUAAAGUCUUGCCUUGCAAGCCUCGACGACAAAAUUGUAGCCCUAGCUCUUGAUGACAAAAAUAGAAAAAUUGUUGCUGCCAGUGACGCUAAGGGUAGAGUCUAUAUUUUCAGUUUGGAAAAUGGUUCAACUCUUUCAACUUAUUUUGUUGGUGACGAAUACGCAAUUGCCCCCACUAUUGUUUGGUCACUUCUGUUUGUGGGAAAUUCCCUAUUUUCGGGUGACAGUAAAGGAAAUGUUAGCGUAUGGGAUGUUGACAUUGGUGUUAUGGCAUCAACUUUCAAAACCCAUACUGUAGAUGUUCUUGCUCUUGCUGCUAGCUCAGAUCAGAGUACUGUUUUCGCUACUGGUGUUGAUCCUACCAUUCGUCGCUUCGAUUUAUGCAUCACUGAACGUAACUGUAAGUUUGCCUCUCAAAAGUCCUGGAAGUUUGAUCCUGCUUCUGGAGAACCAGUGGUCACCCUAUCACGUCUCGGUUGGACGAGCAACACUCAAGAACGUCGUGUUCGCAGCAUCUCUUCUUCAGCAUCUUCUGAUAACGAAGUUGCUGCUGUAGACGAAGCAGUGGACGAAAUGUCUACCUCACGAUUUUUCCUCGAUCAAUCUUCGGCCGAUCUCUUCGUCACAUCUUCUAAAGGCGAAAAAUCGCUGCAAUCUCUUUCUGGUCUGGAUAAAGAUUUUGAUUCUCAUCUAGCUGUAGCGGCUCCGCAAACUCGCAAGAGGAAGAUGAGUACUGGACUAUCGGAGGAUCAAUCAGAUGAAGCCUCGGCCCUUCCACCGGCAAGCCUGAUGGCUUUCACGCCGUCUUCGAGGUGUUUGGUGACUGUGGAUUCGGUCAGUCAGAGUGUUAACUGCAGAAGGCUGGACACUGGCGUUGAAUGUUGGAAUCUUUCCAGGCAUUCUGCGGUGUCAACAACAACUACUGACAGCACUCCAGUUGCCCCAAUUCAUAUUUUGAAAAUGGCCAAGUUCCCAGGGGAGCACAGUUCGUUUAUCCUCUUGGCCAUCGCCUCCCUCGAUGCUCGAGUAUCCAUCUACUUGUUUAAAGAAGGCGAGAACAGCCCUCCCGCACUUCUGUUCACCUGUCCUAGAGCUGCAGAUCCGAUGCGUGUUGGUUAUCAUUCUCGACCUGUGGAUAUCGCUCUACUCACCGGAAAGUUCAAAGCUCGCGAGAGUGAGAAUGGGGAUGCGAGCUCAGAACUCAAAUCCUUUGCUCGUUGUGCAGUAUUCUACACAUCCGGCCAGUUGGUUGAAUGGACUCUUCCCAUAUCUCUUGUUGAAGGAGGAGUGCAAUUGAAAGGAACUCCCAAAACUGACCUAUGGUUGGAAGAGUUCUGGCAGCAAAAUAGUGCCUCUUGGAGACGCCUGAUGCCUCGUUUCGGCUACCUAAACUACUAUUAUGGUGGGAAGAUUUUUUUAUUGGGUUCAAAGAACCUCUGUCUGACCAUCGACAGACGAAAGAAAGUUGCCCCGAACGACGUCCAAUGGGCACUCCGCUUGCGAAAUAGCAAAAUUUCAGACCAUUGUUUGCAUAUUUUUGACAAUGUAAAGGUGAAUACUCUUUCCUGCCUUAGCAUGAACGCCGUAGAACAUGCAGUUUUGCCUGAUAGAAUUGCAGCUAUUACGCUGAAUACUGUUGCAGCCAAAGCAGAAUUGCCAAUACCACUGAAGAAAAAAUACUUUGGAACUUAA